AAUCAAUCCGCGGAGAAAAUACAAGAAGCCCAAGUUCCCUCUAGAGCCCUGUACCCAUCUUUGAUAUUGGUGCCUGAUUCAGCAAUCGAGAAUAAUAAGCAAUAACCAUAAUAGGGCUACCGGAUUUCCAUGUCGAAGGUUUAGUUAAGAUGGAACUUUUUCUGAAUUACGUGUGGACUUUGACUGUGAAAUAGGAUUGGGCUUUUGAGAUUGAGGUCAUAUGAUGUUAAAUUGUCUUGGAUAAAACAUUGAGAGGUCACUAAAUUCACAAAGGUGGAGGUUUCGGUGCCUGGUCUGUUAUUGUGUGCUACCAUAUAUGGUUGCUUCCCUAUCCCAGAUUGUGGACACCUGAUUUUGAAAACAUAUCGAAGCAAUCUCAUUCUGAAAUAUUGUCAACGGAGGGAAGAAUCUGGCAUAAAAAGCGCUUAAGGAAUUUUAGAUUUCCUUCGAUUAUUAGAGCAGGCUUAUAAAGCACAAGAAGAAGAGUAGCGUGGCAAAGUAUUGUGAAAAUGGGUAAUGAAAAGAUCAGUUCUAUCCUUUAUCACGGAGAUACUUGCAUGGGGGAAGUGUGCAUUUAUCCUCACGAUGAGGAGGCCUCUUUGAUGGACAUGAUCGUUAAGGAGAUUCAUAUCUCUCAUUUUUCCUGCCCAAGCAAAAGGUGUUCCCCACUGGUCGUGUUACAUUCCAUUGCUUCAACUGGGUUCUGUUUCAAAAUGGAGCCAAAUGGGCAACAGUCCCAAAAUGAUAGCUUAAAUUUAAUUAAUCUCUAUAAUGCAUGUCUACAAGAAGCAAAGACUGCCAUUGUAGCGCUUGGAGGGAAUGAGCUACAUUUGGUAGCCAUGCCAUCUGGGAAUAGCCAGAAACAUGUGCCAUGCUUUUGGGGAUUUAAUGUAGUUGGAGGACUUUAUGCUGCUUGUCUUGGAAUGUUGAACCUUAGAUGCUUAGCAGUUGUUUUUGAUUUAGAUGAAACACUUCUUGUUGCCAAUACAUUGCGCUCUUUGCAAGAUCGUAUUGAGGCUCUUAAGUGGAGGAUAUCGGGAGAGAUUGAUCCCAAGCUUGUGGCUGGAAUGUCAACAGAGAUAAGGAGAUAUCAAGAUGACCAGAAAGUCUUGAAGCAGUUUGUUGAGAAUGAUCAUAUUUAUUACAAUGGGAAGUUGAUCAAGGCUCAGUCUGAGAUUGUGCCAGCUCCAUCUGAAGACCAUCCUCCUCUUGUACGGCCAAUUAUAAGAUUGUGUGAACAGAGAAUUAUAUUAACACGCAUUGAUCCCACUAAUCGAGAUACUAGUAUCCUUGUUAGGAUGCGGCCAUCUUGGGAAGAAUUAAGAAAUUAUCUAACUGCUGAUGGGCGUAAGCGGUUUGAGGUUUUUGUUUGCACAAUGUCAGAAAAAGAAUAUGCUUUGGAGAUGUGGAGACUUCUUGAUCCCGAGGCAAGCUUAAUUAGUCCUAAGGAUCUCCACAAUCGUGUUGUUUGUGUCAAGCCAGGUUUUAGAAAGUUUUUACUGAAAGUAUUUCAUCAUGGAAUUUGUCAUCCCAAGUUGGCGAUGGUAAUUGAUGAUCGAUUGAAUGUCUGGGAGGAUACAGAUCAAUCUCGAGUGCAUGUUGUUCCAGCUUUCGCACCGUACAGUGUUCAAAUGGUAGAGAGAUGUAAUCCUGAUCCAGUAUUGCUUAUUGUAAGAGAUGUAAUUUGCAAAAUCAGAAUUGGUUUUUUCAGCGAUUUUGAUAAGGGCCUAUUAAAAAGGAUGGCUCAUGUAUUGUAUGAAACAGAUGUGAAAAAGCUGCCAGCAGUUCCUGAUGUGAGCAAAUACUUCUUAACAGAAAACAAAGAAAAUGCAAAUAACAAUCUCUACUUACCUGUACCGAAUGGCAUGAGAAACUCUGAGGUUGAAGCUAAAUUAAAUUUGCGAGAUCAAAAUUUACUUCCAAAUAGUGACCCUUCCUGUGAUCUCACAGAAAAUCGAGAUGUAAUUUCUUUAAUGCAACCUCUGCAGCAGGCACAAGAGAUUUCUACCCUUCCAUCCAGCACUCAUCCUCAACAAUGCGAUAAGGCUAUCAAAAAUUCUUAUGGAAUUUUACCUGUAGAUUCUUCCGAUUCUCAAGGAGUUUAUUCAGAACCAAGUAACAGUGACUCCCCUGCUAGAGAGGAGGGUGAGAUCUCCGAAUCUGAAAUGUAUCUCAACACUAAGUGGCAGAACCUGAUUUUACAGCAUGGCCAAGACCCUGUGCAGUGUGACAUCAAAGCUUCUGAGGCUCCUUUGUUGUGGUCUAUGAAACAAAGUAAACUUCCACCAAAUCAGCAUCCUGUUAGAUUGGCAGCAAAAGGAAAGCUAUUUUCCCAGCUUACAAAAGCAUCACAAGGAAUUGCUCUUGACUCUGGUCGAUCAUUUGAUGUGUGUUCUGUGACGAACAAUUCUUUUUACUGUAGCCUAGACAAUCAUUUGCAAUCUAAUAUUUGCAAAUCUAAGAGGCCACCAACUUACAAAAUUAAGACGCCACUCCAUAAAAAGCAUUUUCGUGGGCAUGACAAACACAAGCAUAAGCCUGGGGUGAAUCAUAUAACAAAGAAGCCAAUACAUAUUGAUCCUGAUGUGAGUUGAUUAAUGAAGGAUAUUGUUGUCAUUUUAUGACACCCUUGGUCCAUUAGUGAGAACCGAUUAGAGAUACGAUCCAUGGACCACCGCUGCCCCAGUUGAUCAAGGAGAAAAGCAAUGGAAUUAUGAAGUGUGAAGUGUUGUCUUGUCUGGAGGAAGUUCCUUUCUUAGCCUUUUCCCUCUUCCCCGAAACCCCGAGGUUCCGAAGUUCCUUUCUUUAGUCGCCUCUUCCCUUCUCUGGAACCCUGAGGUUCUGAAAUUCCUUUCUUUUGCUCUCUUUUCUCUCUUCCCCAGGAUUCCGGAACCUCGAGGUUCCAAAGUUCCUUUCCCUGCCUCCUUCUCUCUUUCCCGGAACUCCGGAACUCCGGGGUUCCGAAGUUCCUUUCCUCUACUUCCUUUUCUCUCUUCCCUGGAACUGUAGAACCCCGAGGUUCCGAAGUUCCUUCCUUUAGUCACCUCUUCCCUUCCCCGAAACUCUGGAACCCCGAGGUUCCGAGGUUCCUUUCCUUAGCCUCCUCUCCUUUUCCCCGAAACUCCAAAAUCCUGAAGUUCCAAGAUCCCUUCCUUGGUCUUCCCAACUUCGACAACCUGUGCUUCCGAAGUCUUCCCAACUUCCUUCCAACUUGCAACACUUCUAGAUGGUGUGAUCAACACUCAAGGUUUUUAAUGCUCCAAUAACUCUUGCAACCAGUUUUCUAUAUAAGGUUGUUAGGCCUCAUUAAAAAGGGUUCUCUCCCUGUCGGCUUGAGCUAUUCUAUGCUCUUUCACUUCUCUUAAAGACUUGUAUAUUUUUUGCAUUUCUGCACCUGGAAGUUUGGCCAUUGGCCUUAUAAUGAAUUGAAAUCAACAUUUUUGUCUUACUUCAACUUAUGUGUGUUGUGUAUGUGUUCUUACCUUCAUUGUAAG